GCGCUUGCAUGCGUUGCCUCAGCGCAUAAUUGCCUGCCGAUACCGAUACCCUUUGCGCGUGAACUGGAGGGCAAAGCGCCGCCACUCCCCCGCCUCGGCUGGUUUGCGACUGCUUCGACUCAAGCCUCAAGCGCGUCCAACCUCAUCCACGACCCACAGGCCUCACGAGGAGACUGAUCCCCCGCACAAUCACCGCCGACUACUCCACGGUUACGGGGCGUAGCGUCGCCGUUUCACUUCCACCACAGCCCUCCCGUCUGUCAUUGGAUUCCACGUACGCCAGGGUCCAGACUUGAGCUACCACAGCCUACGCUGUACACACCCCACACGGAACAUAUUACCUCCCUUGUUCAGACUAUUGUCCAGCUUUACUCCGAGACCAUCGCUAGAUCAAGAUGGCCGAUACCGCUGGCUACCCCACUGACGCCAAGUUGGACUCUCACAACGCUCAUACCAACAAGCGGAAGCGCGACACACGCGAUCAAGGCCUCAACCGCCCUGCCCCAAAUACAAACUCGGAUCUCGCCGACCAAGUCACCGCCAACUUCCUUGCCGCACACAACGCUGGAGCUGACGACAUGGAGCAGCAGUUCGACGUACACCAGAAUGGUGGCAAUACUGCCAGCGUUGGAGACACGGCUGCCGCUGCGCUUGCCUACCACCAGAUGACCGUGCCGCAAGCGACCGAGCUGCAAUUCCAGACACAAGGCUCAAGUGGAGAUUCGUUCAGCAUGGGUGAUCAUCACCAGAAUCAAACUGGCAUGCAGGACUUUAGCUUGGAAGCUCUGAAGGCUGCGACACAAACGGGUCGGUCUGGACAAUCGGCACCUAGCGAAUCACCUCCACAAAGUGCUUCUCAUAAGCCUACCGUUGGAUCUGAAGAGUGGCACAAGGUCCGGAGAGAUAACCACAAAGAAGUCGAACGCCGUCGACGCGAAACCAUUAACGAGGGCAUUAACGAGCUGGCCAAAAUCGUUCCUGGCUGCGAAAAGAACAAGGGCUCGAUCCUACAGCGCGCCGUCCAAUUCAUCACUCAACUUAAGGAGAACGAGCAGCAGAAUAUCGAGAAGUGGACGCUCGAGAAGCUUCUUACUGAGCAGGCCAUCACGGAGCUUAGUACGAGUUGCGAUAAAUUCAAGGCCGAAUGUCAACGAGCUUGGGACGAGUGCCAAAUCUACAAGCGCGCAUGCGAAAAUGCCGGCAUUCUACCCGACGAAAUCAAAGAGCGCCAGGAGAACGGCGAGCAAUCUGGGCCCAAUCCAAUCUCAUGAUGCAGAUGAUGCUAGUCUUUGGUCUUUGUCAAAGCUACAUUCAUCGGUAAUGUCCGUUACGAAGCCUUUCCUAGCUUGUCUAUGGCAAACCUGUGUGGUGUCUUUCUUCUCUAGGAUCGAUUGGCUGUUCGAGCCAAUGUUUUCUACUGUUAUAUUCCCUUUACAUGUGUGGCAUGUGCUGUUUUGCAACCGGCGUUUAUUCAAUGGAGACCACUCGUUCCAGGGCGUACAUCCGUGUUCGCGCUCGAGAAGCUUUAGUAGGUAGAGGCACCGAGGGCAAGCUCCAUGCAUCUUCACACCUC